CGGCACACAUGAGGAAUAAUUCAAGCCAUGAAAGUCUGAAGAUUGGCGUCUCAGAUGCAGAAUGAGGCUGAGAGAGAGCCUGAGAUCUACACUGAUGGCUUCAGAGGUGGAACUAGAGGAUGUUUAUACUGUAUGUCAACUGUAUCAAUACUGUACCAUUAUUAUAAUUAGAUCUUUGUUUUAAUCAAACACCUAAAUUUCUUGUUUUGCAGAUAAAUUCUAUUGUAAAAGUGAUCUUAUAAGACACAAGUGAGGUGUUUUAUUGUGGUGCCAAAGUGCCCUUUGGGGCGUCUUCAGUGGGUUUCAUUGUGUUUUAUCACUCUGCUGUCAGUUCUGGGGUACAUCUCACAGUGUUAUGGUUGAAAAGCAUUUAUUUUGGGCAUUCCCUUGGCCUAAAGAAAUCCCGAUGUCCAAGGUUGCUUGGUUGCAUGUCAACCUCUUUGCUUUCUCGCUGUGUUUCCUCUCCGUCUUCUGUCUCUUCUGUUAAAGUUACUCAGAUGAACUUUUAACAUGAAACCGUCUCAAUUCAAAGGUGCAGUUUGUAGGAUUUGGUAGAAUCUAGCGGUGAGGUUGCAGAUUGCAACCAGCUGAAACCAAGCGUGUAGAAGAACUACGGUGGCCCACGCACAAAUGCAAAAAAACGCGAAUGACCUUAUCUGGAGCCAGAGUUCAGUUUGUCCAUUCUGGGCUACUGUAGAAACAUGGCUGGUGCAAAUCAGGUGAAAUCAUGCAUACCAUCCAUGAAUACCAACAUGUUUGGUCUGUUUAAGAAAUAUCAGAAAUAUGAACAUUUACAAUACUUUGACUUUUACAAUAAUCUUUAAAUUUAAAUAAUAACAAAAUGUGAGUAAUAAGUAAAACUGCUGCUUAGUUAACACCUGCAUUGUUAACCAAUAAUCAGAAAUGCAUAAUGGACCUGAAAGAGGAGGAGUUAAGCCAUAGACUAGCCCAUAGAAGAGGGAUAAAAAUAAACUGGAAAAUAUAUCUUAAAUAUACACAAUACAAUGCUUGUACUAUGCAUGUCUAUCAAGUUUAUCUCAGAGCUUGAGAAUGUUGUGAAAAAGACAAUAAGUGCAGAAGAUGUGCCUCUGCUGUCGGGUGAGGGUGAUAAAUCAACAACAUGCAUUUAUUGGCUGGUUUUCUGAGCAGAAGUGUUCAUUGUGUUCAGAUAAAUCCUACAGAGCUGGAAUGUUUCACAGCAUUUCAUUUUUCAGCAAAAACAUGACGACAAGCUAUAAAUCAAACAUGUGAAUGUCGCUUACUGGAAAUAUAAAGUCUCCUGAGAAAGCAGUCAGUUCAUGAGCUCCUGUGUGAAACAUUUAAAUACAACAGCGUACCGAUGUAGAGUACAACCCUUUCAUUGCUGUAAUCGUAUUGCGUUCAUAUGCCAUACGAGCUUUAACAUGCAUUUGAUCGCAUUAGCGUCGUGCACACAGUCUAAUAGUGUUACGCCUCGCCUCAUAUUCUGUCCGUCUGUAACGCUUGUGUCCUGCAGAUGGCGCUCCGCUGAGUGGGCUGUCCUGGUCGUCGUCCCUGGCCGUGGUGGCCAUCUCCCUCUCGGGCCUCUUCACCUUCGUCUUCCUCAUGCUGGCCUGCCUCUGCUGCAAGAAAAGCAAAACCGGCUUCAAGGAAUUCAGGAAUGUGGACAGGGAGGAGUACCAUGCAGAUAUGUCCACCUUGGCCUCGCCGGCCUCCCAGGGCAGCCCGGACGUCUACAUCCUGCCGCUCACCGAGGUGUCGCUGACGGUCGCAAAGCAACCUUCUCGAUCGGUCCAACUCCUGAAGUCCACGGAUCUCGGCCGCCACAGUCUGCUCUACCUGAAAGAGAUCGGGAAUGGCUGGUUCGGGAAGCUCCCUGCAGCUCCCUGCCAGGUAGAUGAAACGCAGCCCCAGUGAGCCUCACAUCACGGCUGUUAGACUUUGCUGUGAUCCCAGACGUGUGUUUAGGAUGAAGUCAGUCAAAAAAAAAUGUCCGACACGCUGAGUUAACCUGUAACGUCUCAGUGUGUAUUGCCAACCUGAUCCCCGGGCCUUUGAUGUCGGCCUGUCCGAGAAGUGCAAGACUUAAAGGACGAAUUUAAGCUGGUAAAAGUGAUGACACUGCAGGCUGAUCAUUGUGUUCAUCUCGUGUUUUUACAACCAGAUAACAUGUUGUUGUCGUUCUCUCUUGUUCUCUCCCUUCUCUCUGUUUCUCCUCCUCUUCCAACUCAAACUGUUCACUCAUGACUAUACAUGCGUCCUCUCCAUCCUUGUGUACCUUCACUGGGUAUGUCCAUCUGUACGUGUGUUUGUCUGCAUUUUUCUGUCUCUGCACCAUCUUUUGGAUUCUCUCCCCUAAAACUCCUGCAUGACUGCUUGACGUCUCUUCUGUUUGUCUUUGUGUAACGGUCACUUCCACUCCAUGCUCCAAUGGGUUUGUCUGUGUGUAAAAUGUCUGUUUGUCUGUCCAUCUGUCUUCCCCGUGCGUAUAUAUGUCUCUUUCUGAACUGUUUCAGGUUCUGCUGGGGGAGGUGAACGCAGGCCUGAACACCACCCAGGUGGUGGUGAAGGAACUCAAAGCCAGCGGCAGCGUUCAGGACCAGAUGCAC